AUGGCAUCGACUGUCGACGUAGCAUCCUCCUGCACUUCUGCAGAGACAGAGGAGGCUGGCAAGACGAUGGUGGCGCUGGGUGGUACCCAGAACAUGGCGUGGGCGUCAGACACGUCCAAGUUUGGCUUCAAGAUGCUGGUCAAGAUGGGCUGGUCGGCCGGCAAAGGCGUGGGCAAGGAGUUGCAGGGUCAGGCGUCACACGUGAAGAUCUUGCGACGCUCGGAGAAUUUGGGUGUGGGCUGCAGCCUCAAGCAGGCCGAAAUGAAGGGCUGGUCGGAGACAGUCGAGGGCUUUGCGGGUGUGCUGAAGACGCUCAACGAGUCGUACAGUAACAAGCCCAACUUGGACGGCGACAGCUCUGACGGAAGUUCGAGCAGCAAGAAAAAGAAGAAGGACAAGAAGAGGAAGCACAAUGACAAGAAGAAGGACAAAAAGAGCAAGAAGAGCAAGAAGGCGGGCACGGAAAAGACGUCAGUCUCUCGGAAGCUGCACUAUCGGAAGCGCCUGACAAACAAAAAUGCCAAGAACUACGGAGUAGCUGACAUGGCAGCUAUCUUGGGCGUUGCUGCUUCAGCCUACAAGUCAAGCGCAGAGUAG